AACCAAACACUCUCCUCACAACUCCAUAACAGCCACACCAGCCCUCCGCAAUCUCUCAAAGCUAAAACACACACACACACACAGUUACCAAAAUAACCAUGGCAAAGGCCCAGGCAAUGGGCGCACUGCUGACCAUCUUGGUGGUCCUCGCCAUGUCCUCCGAGGUGGCGCACGGCAUCUGCAACCUGUCGAGCGACGGCAUCCGGGCGUGCCAGCCGGCGGCCGCCAUCCGCAACCCGACCGACCAGCCCUCGGCGGCGUGCUGCGCCGCCCUGGCGGGGGCCGACCUGCCGUGCCUGUGCCGGUACAAGAACGCCGCCGGCGUGUGGGUGAGGUUCUACAAGAUCGACAUCAACCGCGCCAUGGGGCUGCCCCGCAAGUGCGGCCUCGCCAUGCCGGCCAACUGCUGAUGAUCUUCUCCAGCAUUGUCACUCUCGUUACAACUACUAUAUAUACAUGUGUAGCUUCGAGAUCGAAUAAAUGGGGUAUACUGUAACAUUGAGCUGUGAGCUAGUGAGCUUGUUAAAUCAGGGCACAAGUAAGUUUCAGAACUGUACUACGCAAUACAACAUGUCCCGUCCACUGCAAAGUUGGACGCAUGAUGAGUAUGAAUGGAGGACCUUUGUUUCCUGCAUCUCA